UGCUACUGUGAAACUUCGUUAUCUGAGUUAAUUUCCUUUUACCCUUAAAAGAAUUUUUAAUUGCUUUGGAUCCACACUCCCUUAGUCAUUACUUUUUCCCAUUUUCUCUCUCUUUCCCUUCCCACCCUUUUAAAUCUUGGUGCUGCGCCCACGCUUAUCAGCUCAGGUAGUACUUAAGAGAGAAAGAAUCAGAGAAAGAAAGACUGCAUUUUUUUGAAAACCCUUUCAAGAAUCAAGUUUCAAGAUUCUAAUAUACCAUGGAAGACUACUAUUAUUCAAGAAACCAUGUUCCGGCUUUUGGAAGCUGGGAUUGGAACAAUGAUUUACCUUUUACUCAAUGCUUUGAAUCAGCUAGACAAGCUGGGCUGCUUCGUUACAGUUUCUCUGAAGAUCGUGAUUUAUAUGUUGCUGGUGAUUUGUAUGAGAAUGAUGUGGUUACACCUGCUAUGAUUGUUGUUCCUCGUCGCAGGGGAAAAGUACGUCAGUCUCGUGAAAAAGAGGAGAAAAGGCAGGAAAAUUGGGCUGUUGGUGACGUGAAAGAAGCACCCAGUCCUAAUAAUAAUUUUAUGGCUAUGAGCAGGCCAACACCUAAGCCUGUUGAUGAGGACUUGUACAAAAUCCCACCAGAGCUUCUUUAUCAAAAACCCAAAAAGAAAAGAGGAUUGUGCUUCUUUUCAAGCUGCUUGCUUCCUACUUGUGUAUUGUGAAGCUUGUUGGAUUAUGGGUACAUAUAUAUAUAUAUAUGGAGAGAUAUGAGAAGAAUAUAUAUAUGUAAUUAUACCUUCUUCUUUUUUGGGUACUUAAUAUUAGGAUAUUCUCGGAUCAGUUUACACGAAUCAUCCGAUUGGAUUCCAAUGGAAUGUGGAGAAUAUUGUUGAAUAUUAUUACUAUUAGUUUCUAAUUACUGAAGGGUUUAUUUUUAUUUUCUUGAAUU